AUGUCCGACAGGAGUCAUGACGAAGCGCCAGCAGCUGUUAAGGUCGUGGAUUUGAAUGACGGCAUUCUUUCCGAAGUUCAGAAGACUGAGUCGCACGUUGGGGCGGAUGUUACCAAAGACGAUGAUACACUGCCGGAUGGGGGCCUGCACGCAUGGCUACAAGUCCUGGGUUCGUUCUGCCUUUACUGGAAUACAUGGGGCAUGUUGAACACGUUUGGUGUCUACCAGACUUAUUACCAGGAUGGACCUCUUCGCGACAUGUCUCCAUCUGCUAUUUCGUGGAUCGGCUCAAUCCAGUCUUUCCUGCUUCUGUUUGUUGGCGUCAUCUCGGGUCCGUUAUAUGACAAAGGCCAUCUGCGGUCGUUACUGGUUUCUGGCAGCGUACUGGUGGUCUUUGGGAUGAUGAUGACGAGUUUGUGCACACAGUAUUGGCAGCUUGUGCUUGCGCAGGCCAUUUGCAUUGGGCUGGGGACAGGACUCCUCUAUAUCCCUUCUAUUGCCAUCAUCCCCCAAUAUUUCCAUCGCCGCAAGGCACUUGCCAUGGGGCUAGUGGUGUCCGGAUCAAGUUGCGGUGGCGUUUUCUACUCCAUCGUCUUCAAUCAACUUCAACCCAAGAUCGGGUUCGGCUGGACAAUACGUGUUGAGGGCCUGAUCUCUCUUCUGACUUUGUCAAUCGCCAUCGCAAUUCUUCGCCGUCGCGAGAAGCCGUCAGAGGAGAUCCGAACGCUCCUUGACCUACCAGCAUUUAGGGAGCGACCGUAUAUCUUCUACUGUGCCGCGUUGUGCACAAGCAACAUAGCAUUCUUCACACCAGUGUUUUAUAUGCAGCCAUAUGCUUUGGUACAUGGGCUUGAGGGUCAAACAAUUGCGCUGUAUCUGGUAGCCAUCAUGAACGCGUGCUCGAUACUAGGACGCCUUGCACCGUCACUUAUCGCAAAUAAGAUUGGGCCUGUCCACACACUACUUUGCAGUAUCGUAUGCACUGGCAUUACCGUCUUUGGGUGGAUAACAACUAAGACGGGAUGGGGUAACAUUACCUUUGCAGCAUUCUUUGGAUUCUUCUCCGGGGGCAUCAUAGCAUUACCUCCCAUCGUACUCACAAGCUUUACUAAAGACUUGAGUCGUCUCGGUACACCUAUCGGCGGAGCAAUCCUGAAUUCGACGGGGAGUUACCUGGGAAUUCAGCUUUAUGCCGGCUCUGUCAUUAUGGCUACAGCUUGUUGUCUCUUAGCUCUGAGGUUCGCGCUGACAGGCAAGAAAAUGAUCACCAAGGCAUAA